CCCUUCUUCUUUGGGAAAAAACCAUUAUUUCGAUUCGCAGAGCGAAAACCAAGGAGAAGAAGAAGGAAGAGAUAUGGAGUUGUCAUCAGUGUUUGCGAGUCGAUUUCAUCCCAUUUUCCUCACCCAAUCCUCACCACCCAUUCCAACCUCUUCUUUCUCUCCCUCUUCACCAUUGCUUCCCACUUCCAGACCCAACAACCUCAACUCUCCAUCAUCAACCUCUUCCACUAUUUCUUCUACUAUUACUAGACCCAACAAUGCUUCCCAUACUACCCAAAACCCUCUUUCAAUUUCACACACCGCAAGACAAUCUGCCAUUCUCGAUAUUCAACAAUCGUCCGAUUUGGACUCUGCUCUUGCCAGGUCAGGCGGGAUGUUGAGGGUGCAGGACUUGAAUAUCAUUUUGCGCCAGUUUGGGAAGCUAAAUAGAUGGAAGGAGCUUUCUCAGCUCUUUGAUUGGAUGAGAAAAAAUGGGAAGAUCAGCAGUUCGUCUUAUAGCAGUUAUAUAAAGUUCAUGGGGAAGGGCCUUAAUCCUGUAAAGGUGCUACAAAUAUACAAUAACAUAGAAGAUGAGCCAACAAGGAAUAAUGUCUCCGUCUGUAAUUCUGUUCUUAGCUGCCUGAUUCGGAAUGGCAAAUUUGAGAGCAGCAUCAGAUUGUUUCAUCAGAUGAAGCAAGAUGGUCUCAGACCAGAUGUUGUUACAUACACUACACUGCUUGCAGGCUGCACCAAAGUAAAAAAUGGCUACUCCAAGGUGAUAGAGUUGCUUCAGGAGCUGAAGUCUAAUAGACUGCACAUGGACAGCGUAAUCUAUGGGACACUUAUAGCUGUUUGUGCUUCCAAUAGUCAAUGUGAAGAAGCUGAGAAUUUCUUUAACCAGAUGAAGGAUGAAGGUUAUUCUCCUAAUAUUUACCAUUACAGUUCAUUGCUCAAUGCUUACUCAGUUGACGGAAAUUAUAAGAAGGCUGACAUGUUGGUUCAAGAUAUGAAAUCCGCGGGGUUAGUACCGAAUAAGGUUAUGUUGACAACAUUGUUAAAGGUGUAUGUCAGAGGAGGUUUGUUCAAAAAAUCAAGAGAAUUGUUAACUGAAUUGGAAGCUUUGGGUUAUGCUGAAGAUGAGAUGCCAUACUGUUUAUUGAUGGAUGGCCUUGCAAAGGUUGGACAGAUACAUGAAGCAAAAUCAGUUUUCGAGGAAAUGAUGAAAAAAAAUGUGAAAUCUGAUGGAUAUGCCCACAGUAUUAUGAUAUCUUCCUUUUGCCGAAGUGGGUUAUUUGAAGAGGCAAAGCAAUUGGCUUGUGAUUUUGAAGCCACAUAUAACAAAUACGACUUGGUUAUUAUGAAUACAAUGCUCUGCGCCUACUGCAGAGCAGGAGAAAUGGAGAGCGUUAUGAAAAUGAUGAAGAAAAUGGAUGAAUUAGCAAUCAGUCCCGAUUGGAACACCUUUAAUAUUCUAAUAAAAUAUUUUUGUAAGGAGAAAUUAUAUUUGCUUGCUUAUCGUACUAUGGAGGACAUGCACAAGAAAGGCCACCAACCAGAGGAGGAACUUUGCUCCUCCUUAAUUUUCCAUCUGGGUAAAAAUGGUGCCCAUCCAGAGGCGUUUUCUGUAUACAAUAUGUUGAGAUAUAGCAAAAGAACAAUGUGCAAGUCCCUUCAUGAGAAGAUUCUGCAUAUCCUUAUAAAAGGGCGACUUCUCAAAGAUGCAUAUGUAGUAGUCAAGGAUAAUGCAAAGUUGAUCUCCGAGCCUGCUACGAAGAAGUUUGCAACCUCGUUUCUUAAAUCGGGUAAUAUAAACAUGGUAAAUGAUGUUAUAAAGGCUAUCCACAGUUCUGGCUACAAAAUUAAUCAGGGACUCUUUCAUAUGGCCAUAUCACGAUAUGUCACGCAACCUGAAAAGAAGGAACUGCUUCUCCAGUUGCUACAAUGGAUGCCGGGUCAAGGCUAUGUGGUUGAUUCAUCAACACGAAACUUAAUCCUCAAAAACUCGGACUUGCUUGGACGCCAACUCACUGCUGAGAUAUUGUCCAAACAACAUACGGUAUCAAAAGCAUUAAGAUCUAGUGAAAUGAAAGAUAAAUAAAGUUCUCAGAAUCGAGACAUUUCAGUUCUCAGGAACCAGAGUGCCAACUACUACAUGACAUUGCCGGUUUGCAGAAUGCAUCAAUGAAUCAGUAACAUGCACGAACGGAAAUGAGUUUUAGGGGUAUACUUGUGAGACCCAUUGGCUAUCAGGGAGCCCUUUCGCACAAAGGUACAACUAUUCAGCACGAGCAUGAGGUAUGUGUGCAACACAAAGGUAGCAUGUUACCUUCAGAUAAUCAUGAUAGGAUAUUCAUCUGCCGUGUAGAAAUGUGAUCAAUUUAUUCACCGCACCCCAUUAAAAAUAGUAAACUGUAAACACUACGAAGCACCCCCUUAAUGUUGCAGACCUGGUUUGUCAUAAAGCUUCAAGCUUAUUGUCAAGGAAGGUAUAAUUGAUUAUUGUAAAAUUCCUAGCCUCUAUUUUUUUGGAUUUUUUUUUUAAUUUUUAUAAUCCUAUCAAUAAAUCUGUGCUUGUUGAUGGCUUUAUGAAUCAAAAAAA